AUGAUGAACAGUGUUGAGCGAAUAUCACAGUUAAUACCUAAAUUUAAACAACAGCUGCUCGUUUUGGAAGAACGUGAAAAAUUAUUCAAGAAAAUUAAUGAUUAUUCUGUUCAAUGUGAUGGUUCGUUAUCUAAUAUAUCAACAAAUUCUCAAACAACAUCUAUGGUUCCAAUCAGUUCUCAAACGACAUCUAUGGUUCCAAUCAGUUCUCAAACGACAUCUAUGGUUCCAAUCAAUUCUCAAACAACAUCGAUGGUUCCAAUCAAUUCUCAAACAACAUCGAUGGUUCCAAUCAAUUCUCAACCAUCUUCUUUUGUUCCCGUACCAGCAACUGAUUCUUUAUCAAAAGAAUCUAGGGAUUAUUCAAGAUCUGAUCAUUCUGACGUUGGUGCAGAUAUUAAUAUAGCUUUUCCAGAUGAUUAUAAAAUUCCUCUAUUGCCAAAGGCAUUGAUCAAAGAUAUUGAAGAUGGAAUUUUAGAAAAAUUUGGUCCACAUUGCACAAAUCGACAAAUUCUGAUUGAUGCUAUUGUUUAUGAUCUUCUUGACAAAUACAAUCUCUUGUAA